AUUUCUGAAAGUUACUAACAGUCCCUUUAAUGCGUUAAAGAAAUUAGUGGCGUAAAAACAACUUUGUGUUAACGCGUUAUUAUCACGUUACAUUUCGUUUAAAGUGAUGUGAUGAGAGAUCACUGUCUCUCCUGUCAGAUUCGGGUGGAUCUGAUUGGUCCAGAGAACGUGGUGGACGGGGACCGUACGCUGGUCCUGGGUCUGCUGUGGAUCAUCAUCCUCAGGUUCCAGAUCGGACCCAUCAACCUGGACGAGGCGGGGGGUGGAGCCAGCGUGGCUCACCGCUCGGCGAAGGAGGCUCUGCUGAUCUGGUGUCAGAGGAAAACAUCUGGAUACGACGGCGUCGACGUGCGCGACUUCUCGUCCAGCUGGAGGAGCGGACUCGCCUUCAACGCCCUCAUCCACGCACACCGGCCUGACCUUUUUGACUACCGCCGUCUCCAUGGCGACGACCCCCGCCGUAACCUGGAGCACGCCUUCUCUGUGGCAGAGCAGCAGCUGGGGAUCAUGCAGCUGCUGGAGGUGGAGGACAUGGUGGUCCCCCAUCCGGACGAGAAGUCCAUCAUGACCUACGUGUCCCUGUACUACCACUACUUCUCCAGGAUGAAGCAGGGACAGACGAUCCAGAAGAGACUGGCCAAGAUAGUCGGGAUGCUGAUGGAGCUGGACGACAUGAAGGUCCAGUAUGAGAGGCUGGUCUCAGAUCUGCUUCACUGGAUCAAAACCAAGGUGCUGCAGCUGAACGACAGACGAUUCCCAAACUCUGUGAGGGAGAUGCAGAAGCUGAUGACGGCGUUCAAGACCUACAGAACGGUGGAGAAACCUCCUAAAUAUCAGGAGCGCGGGGCGAUUGAAGCUCAUCUGUUCAGUCUGAAGACUCAGCUGGCAGCCAACAACCAAUGGGCUUACAAUCCUCUAGAAGGUAAAACCCUGAGCGACUUAGAGAAGAGCUGGGUUCAGCUGGAGAGAGCCGAACAUGAGCGAGAGCGAGCCCUGCAGGAGGCGCUGCUCCGCCUGGAGAACCUGGAGCAGCUCGCCCAGAAGUUUGAGAGGAAGGCGGCGCUGAGGGAGGGCUAUCUGGAGGACACGCUGCGUCUGAUCCGGAGACAGGACCUCCGAGCUCUCUCCACCCUGGAGGAGGCUCAGGCGGCCGGCCGCCGUCUGGAGGCGCUGGCCACCGACGCCCUGGCCAGAGAGCCGCGCUUCGCCGCCCUGAGAAACAUGGCCGACACCGUGGAGAGAGGAAACUACCACAGCAAGGAGCAGAUCAUCAGGAGAGAGGAGAACAUCAGCCAGCGAUGGAAGGACCUCCUGCAGCAGCUCCAAGAGCAGAGGGGGCUGCUGGGAAAUGUAGUUGAAAACCUCAGCGUCCUCCGAGACAUCGAACUCGUCUCCCAGGAACUGAAAGAACUACAGUCCCAGGCAGGCUCCUCUGACCUGGGGAAACAGCUGGCGGAGGUGGAGUCUCUCCUCCAGAGGCAGGACCUCCUGGAGGCUCAGAUCUCAGCUCACGGUGAAACCAUCGGCUCCAUCAGCAACGCGGCGCUGAAGGUGAAGGUCAGAGACGGUCAGCAGAUUCAGAGCAGAGUGAGAGCUCUCGACUCUCAGUACAGAUCUCUGAUGUCCCUCAGCAGCAGCAGGAGGAGACAGUUGGAGGCCCAGCUGAGGCUGUUUGAGUUCUUCUAUGAGGCUGAGGAGUUGGAGGCCUGGCUGUAUGAGCGCUGGUUGAGGCUGCAGACGGCCGGACUGGGACGAGACCUGAACCACAUCCAGCUGACCCAACACAAACACAAGGUGCUGGAGGCGGAGCUCCAGGCCCAGGAGUCUCUGUACCAGGGGGUUCUGGGUCGAGGUCAGGACCUGCUGUCCAAACAGAGUCAGCAGAACCAGCGAGCCAUCCAGAAGUGGAUCCGAACCCUGAAGAAGCAGUGGAGCCACCUGACCGACGAGGCGACGGGACGCCGCAACAGACUGCAGGCCGCCGCCGCCAUCAAACAGUACUUUGCAGAUGUGGCGGAGGCCGACUCCUGGCUGGGCGACAGGAAACCGCUGCUGACCAGCGAGGAUCACGGGAAGGACGAGUCGAGCACGGCGGCGUUGCUGCAGCGCCACCUGCGGGUGGAGAGGGAGAUGGCGGCCUACGCCUCGGAGAUGAGGAGACUGGCGGAGCAGGCGAGGAGCGCCGCUCAGCUGACGGCUCUGACUGCGGAGCCUCAGCAGAGUAAGAUGAUCCCGUACAGCGACUCGUCUGGAGACGAGGAGCGUCCGGGAGCGGUGACAUCACCACCGCCACGUAGCGCCGGAGGUGGGAGGGGCUCCGGGCGCGAAGACAGCAAGGCCAAGAUCCGCUUCAGAUACAGCAGAGGUCAGUUUCCGUGGGAUCGUAAUGAGAUCGUGACCAUCGUCGGCACCGAGCCGGACGGAGACCGAGUCGUGGCCAGAGACGGCCGAGGAAACCAGCAGCUCGUCCCCAGAACCUACCUGAGCCCGCUGCCGGCCGCCGCUCCUCCCUCAUCCCCGCCCGUCUCCACCAAUGGCGCUCCAGAGAGCCCGAGCAGGAAGUUGAGUCGUCCGCGGCGCAGCCGCUCGAUGCGUCGCGGCACGGCUGAGAUCCAGACAACGUGGCUGCCAGACCCUCAGUACCAGAGAGACACCGUGGAGACCACGCAGGCCGGACUGGACCGGGACUACAACUCCCUCUACAACCUGGUCAAGUCGAAGAUGCUGCGUCUGCAGGAGACGCUGCGUCUGCAUCGGUUCUACAACAGCUGCCAGGAGUUUGAGUCGUGGAUGGAGGACAAGGAGAACGUCCUGAACACCUUCAGCAGCGACGCCGACAACCUGGGAGUGCUUCAGGCUAAAUACGAGAACUUCCUGACUGAGCUGGCGAGUGGGCGUGGCCAGUUGGAUGACAUCAUGCGAAUGGCGGAGGAGCUGGUGAAGAGCGGACACAGUAAACAGAGAGAGAUCCAGGCCAGACAGAGGAGGGUUUCCACCAGGUGGGAUCGGAUCCAGCGGCUGAAGGACGAGAGAGGACACGAGCUGCUGAGCACGGCGGACGUUCGGUCCUUCCUGCAGAGCUGCGAGGACGCCCGGGCUCAGCUGCAGGGUCAGCUGUCCGGCCUGGACGUGGUGGACGUGGUAGACGUGGGCUGCAGCUCCUUCACCCUGCUGGCCCAGGAGCAGAACCAGACCCAGACCCUCCGAGACAUCCAGACCCUGGAGGCCAAGAUCGCCUACCUGAAGAGCGUCGCCAAGAUGAAGCAGGAUUGCAGUCCAGCAGAGAGCGCAGCCAUCGUGGAGGAGGUUCAGGGUCUCGAGGCUCUGCUGAAUCAGUUGAAGUGUCAGGCUGCAGACCGCCAGCGGCUCCUGGAGGAGGCCCGCGGGCUGCAGAGCUUCCAGCAGCAGUCCAAGGAGCUGCAGCGCUGGGCCGGCUCGGUCCAGGACCGCCUCCUGCAGGAGGAGGCGGCCGCCGACGUGGCCUCGGCCGUGGCUCUGCUGGAGCAGCACCAGGAGCUCCGGCUGGAGAUGGAGGAGCAGAGGAGCAGGUCAAAGGAGAUGGAGAAGUUGGGGAAAUCUCUCCUGCAGGGUUCGUCCAAUGGGAAGACGGGAGGCGUCGACGUCCAGCACACUCUGGACAAGCUCAAAGCCGAUUGGUCCAAGCUUGACAAGCUGUGGACCGCUAGGAAGGAGCGCUUGGAGCAGGGGGUGGAUCUCCAGAGGCUGAACCAGGAGGGAGACCGCAUCGAGGCGGCGCUGUCUGGACACGAAGCCCGACUGAGGGUCAAAGACGUCGGGGACUCGGUGGACGGCGUUCACAGUCUGCUGGGCCGACAGGACGAGCUGGAAGGCCUCCUGAAGGCUCUGGACCAACGAGUGGAUCAUUUCUCUGAGCGCAGCCAGGAGCUCAUCAACCAGCAACACUACGCUGCCAAACACAUCAAGGAGAGGAGCAGGAGCAUCCAGAAGGCCAACAGGAAGUUAAAGGAGAGCAGCAGGCAGAGGAGGAGUCUGCUGCUGGCCUCAAAGAAAUACCAGGAGUUCCAGAGAGACGCAGACGAGCUGCUGCUGUGGAUGGAGGAGAAGUUUAAGGUGGCGGAGGACGAGUCGUACCGCGACCCCACCAACAUCCUCCGAAAGCUGAAGAGACACGAGGCGGCGGAGAGGGAGAUGCAGGCUAACCAGGUCUGGCUGGACGGACUGGUUGAGCUGGGGGAGGAGAUGCUCGCUGAAGAGCACUACAGCAGUCAGAGCAUCAGCAGGAAGUCCACUCAGCUCAGCAGCCGCUGGAGGAGGCUUCAGGACAAGAUGGGCGACAGAGGAGACAAACUGAGACAGGCGGGACAGCAGGAGCAGCUGAUGGAGCUGCUGCAGGACGCCAAGCUGAAGAUCGAGGCCAUCCAGUGGAUGCUGAACAACGCUGCCAAAGGUCACGACCUCCGCUCCAGCCGCCAGCUGCUGAAGGAGCAUCAGCAGCUGGAGCAGGAGGCCAAGGAGCUGGCGGAGAAGAUCAACUCCAUCGUCAGCAGGGCCAAACACCUCGCCUCCAACCACUUCGACUCCCAGAGGAUCCUCCAGGAGACCGACACCUACCUCACUCUGUUCAAGUCCCUCCAGAAGCCUCUGGACCGGCGUCGAGCUCAGCUGGAGGCUUCGGUGCUGCUGUUUGGGUUCUAUCAUGACGUGGACCUGGAGCUCAGCUGGAUCUCCGAACACGUUCCCGCCUCUGGAUCUACGGGAUACGACAAGUCUCUGGCUGGAGCCGCCAGCCUCAUGCAGAAACACAAGGAGCUGCAGGCGGAGGUGAACAACCACCGAAAACACCUGAACCAUGUCCUGGAGAAGGGGCGGGGCCUGGCCAGAUCCAGCAAAUCAGACGGAGAGGAAGUGACCCAGAGGUGCAAACACCUGAGUGCAGAGUGGGAGGAGCUAGAGGAGGCCUGCAACAGGAGAGCAGCUCACCUGAGCAAGGCCAUCACCAGAGAACAGCUGCUGUUGGACUGCUCAGAGCUGGAGUCCAGGCUGACCGAGACCCUCGCCGUCGUGACCACCGACGACUACGGCAAAGACCAGCUGGCCACGCAGAGUCUGCUCACCAAACACCAGGUGUUGGAGGGCCAGCUGGAGGUGCUGGAGGUGGAGGUGGAGGCGUUGGGGGACCAGGUGGAGCAGGCGGUCCACAACUGGAGCCUGGAGGAGCUCAGCAGACCCUACAGUCGCCUCAGCAGCCUGAACCAGCAGCUGCAGCACCAGGCUGCUCUCAGGGGUCAGAGGUUAACGGAAGUCCUCCACCUCCACGAGUUCAGACGAGAGUCCUCAGAGUUAGAGGACUGGAUGAACCAGCAGAGACAGACGGCAGAGUCUCAGGACCUGGGCAACGACUACCAACAUGUUCAGCUGAUUCGUGGGAAGUUUGAAGGAUUCCUGAAGCAGCUGGAAGUCGGAGAGGAGAGGCUGCAGAGCUGCAGCGAGCUGGCUGCUCGACUGAUCCGUAACAAACAUCCACAGACCUCCUCAGUCAGAGAGACGCUGCAGCAGCUCAGUGCAUGCUGGGAGGAUUUAAAGGGCGUGGCCAGAGAUCGCCAGGAUCAGCUGCAGAGAGCCGAGGAGUGUCACCGCUUCUACCAAGACCUGACGGACGCACUGACGCUCAUCCAGGAGCGACAGAAGAGCAUCCCCGAUGAGGUGGCGAAGGAUUUGCGAGGAGUGAUGUCACAGCUGAGGAAACAUGAAGCUCUGCUCCACGAGCUGGCUGCCACGGAGCAGCAGUUGCAGGAGCAGCUGGACGCCGUGGACUCCAUCCUGGACCUCUGCACGCCUCAGUUGAAGCUCCGCCUACAGGAAGUGCAGCAGGAAGUGGUGGAGCGGUGGGAGGAGCUCCGACUCCAAGCGGAGCAGAGGGAGGAGGAGCUAAAACUGGCAUGCCAGAGAUAUCUCUUCCUUAAUACGGCGCAGGAUUACUUCCUGUGGUGCAGCCAGCUGAUCGGUGCGAUGGCCGUCGAGGAGAGCAUCAGCGACGUGGCGACCGCCGACCUCCAGCUGGCCCAGCACCAGCAGCUGUGGGCCGAGAUGGAGGCCAGACAGGAGACCUACCGACAGGCUCUGGACAUGGGAGAGGAGCUGCAGACGCAGGACAGGACCAACAGGAAGGAGGUGUUGGAGAAGCUGGAGGCGCUGCAGGAGGAGCGAGACAGACUGGAGGAGCAGUGGAACCAGAAACGGAGCUGGUUGGAGAGCGUUCACCUGGAGCAGGUCUUCUACAGAGACGUUAACAGCGUGGACAAAACCUCCAGCUCACAGGAGAUCCUGUUGCAGAACAGCACUCUGGGAAACACGGUCGAUGAGACGGAGGGUUUGAUGAAACGCCACGAAGCUUUUGAGAAGCUGCUCGGCUCGCAGGAGGACAAGCUGUCCUCUCUGACGGAGCUGGCCGAGCGGCUGAAGAAGCAGCUGAGCAGAGAGAAGAGCGGUCGGGUCCAAACCAAACUCAAGGCCCUCCUCCAGCGACGCGGCAGGAUCAAGGAGCUGUCCGUCAAACGCAGGGAGGAGCUGGAGCUCUCCAGGAUGCUGUGUAUCUUCAACCGAGACGUUGCUCAGGCCGAGGAGUGGGUGUCUGAGCGGAUGCAGAAGAUGUCGGAGGACGGUAAAGCCGACCUCAGCAACCUGCAGGCCAAGAUGAAGCUUCUCCAGAAGCAUCAGGUGUUUGAGGCUGAGAUCCUGGCUCACAGAGAGAUCAUCGGCUCUGUGCUGCUGGCCGGGGAGGAGCUGGUCUCUCUUCGACACCCGAGGUCCAAGGAGGUGAAGAGGAGCGCAGCCGCCCUGCAGCUCCACUGGGAGGAGCUGAAGAAGGCCCUGGCCAGCCGAGGGAAAGCUCUGGAAGAUAACCGAGACUUCCUGGAGUUCCUGCAGAAAGUGGAAGAGGUGGAGGCCUGGAUCAGACACAAGGAGGUGAUGAUUAAUGUUGGAGAUGUCGGGAAGGAUUACGAACACGGAGUUCAGCUGCUGAAGAAACUCGCCGAGUUCAGGGGAACUGGAGACGGAGACGUGACGGUGGACGACGCUCACAUCACAGCCAUCAACCGACUGGCAGCCAGACUGGAGAAGAGACAGAGCACCGAUGAGCUGGUGACAGUUAGACAGAGGAGACAGCAGCUCAACGACAGGUGGAGCAAGUUUCACGGAGACCUGAACAACUACAAGAAGAAGCUGGAGGGGGCGCUGGUGGUCCACGACCUCAUCAGAGAGCUGGAGGAGGUUCGAGACAGAGCCAACGAGAAGAUGCUGCUGCUGCAGGGACAGGACUGCGGUUCUGAUGUGGACGGCGUGGAGAACCUGAUCAGACGCCACGAGGAAACGGAGCGAGAGGCCGGGGUCAUCCAGGAGAGGUCAAAGGACCUGGAGAAGCAGGUCUCAGACCACCUGAAGGCUCGAUCAGUGAUGAGCGACAAGCUGAAGAACAAACAGAAGGAGGUCCAGAAAGCUCUGAAGACGCUGGACAAGGAGGUGAAACUCAGGAAGGAGAAGCUGCAGGAGGCCCACCAGCUGCAGCUGUUCAAAGCCAACCAGCGCCUCCUGCUGGAUUGGAGCGUCAAACAGGGCAGCGAGAUGGCAGAGAAAGGCCUUCCGAAGACCAGAGGCGAGGCGGACCGGCUCAUCGUGGAGCAUCAGGACUGGAAGACGGAGAUCGACGCCCGCGCCGAGCGCAUCGACUCCGUCCGGGACUUCGGUCUGGGUCUGAUCCGGUCGGGGCACGGUUCGAAGGCAGAGAUCCAGAAGGCCCUGAACCAGCUGGAGGAAGCCAAAUCUGGACUGGACCGAGCCUGGCUGAACCGAAACACGACCCUGGAUCAGGCCCGAACCCUGCAGGUCUUCCUGUCCUCCGUAGAGCAGAGUGAGAGCUGGCUCACCAACAAGGAGGCCUUCCUGUCCAACCAGGACCUGGGGAGCUCGGUGUCGGAGGUGGAGACUCUGCAGAGGAAGCAGGUUCAGUGUGAGGAGGCUCUGGAGGCUCAGCUGGACCAGCUGGACCAGGUGGACAAACUGGGCCAGAAGAUGAUCCAACAGAAACACUGUGACUCCGACAACAUCAGAACCAAGAGCAGAGCGCUCGCCGCCAGACGGAGUCAGCUGCAGCAGCAGAGCAGAUCUCGUCACAAAGAUUUGGAUCAAUCACUGAAGCUGCAGCAGUUCUUAUCCAGCAGCUACCAGGUGUCCGUGUGGCUGAACGAGCGUAACGCCGUGGCGCUGGACGAGAACUGGAGGGAACCGACCAACCUUCAGGCCAAACUGCUGAAACACCAGAGCUUCGAAGCCGAGAUCCUCGCCAACCGCUACCGAGUGGACACGCUCGCCAAGGAAGCAGAGAAGCUGCUGUGUGAGUGUCGAUCAGCUGAAGUGAAGGUUGGACCUCGACUCCGAGAGCUGACGGACAGCUGGGACGCUCUGAUCCACAACUGUAAGGAGAAGAAGACCAGGCUGCAGGAGGCCUACCAGGCGCUGCAGUUCCAGCGUUCGUUGGACGACAUGGAGCAGUGCGUGGGCUCCGUGGAGAGCGAGCUGACCGACGAGGACUGUGGCAGCGACCUGCCGUCCGUCAACAGGCUGCUGAAGGCUCUGCAGGGCCUGGAGGAGGAGGUGGACGGACACAGAGACAGAAUCCAGGGUCUGGUGGAAACAGCAAAGAGCUUCCAGUCUCAGGGGAACUUCCUGGCUGAGGAGAUCCAGAUCAGAGUGGCUCACACCAUCAACAGGUACAACGGUCUGUCGGAGCCCCUGCAGAGUCGGAGGGAGACCCUGGAGGCCUGGCAGGUUCUGUUCCAGUUCUACAGAGACCUGGAGGAGGAGGUGGCCUGGCUGAGCGACAGACUGCCCUCCGUCACCGCUAAAGACUGGGGGGGCUCGCUGAGCAGCACCCAGCAGCUGCUCCACAAGCACCAGGCUGUGAUGCAGGAGAUCUCAAGCCGCGCCCCAUUGGUCCAGGCAGUUCAGGAGGCGGGGCAUAGCCUGGUCAGAGGUCGUCACUUUGCGUCUCACGACAUCCGGGAGCGUCUGGAGGAGUUGAAGAGUCUCCACGAGGAGCUGCUGACGGAGGCGGAGAGGAAGGGGAAACUCCUGCAGGAGGCGCUCAGCAUCAACACCUUCCUCUCUGAGGUGUCGGAGCUGGAGCUGUGGUCGGAGGAGCAGCGGUCAGGUCUGGAGUCUCGGGACUGUGGGAGGAGCGAGGAGGCGACGGAGGCCCUGCUGAGGAGGCUGGACUCUGUGGACGUGGAGCUGGACAACCAGAGGAGGACGGUGGAGAGGCUGCAGGAGGGUGGAGCCUCGCUGCAGCACCUGGGACAUCCCAACAGCCACCUGGUCAGAGAGUCUCUCCCAGGCAUCCUGGAACGCUUCGAGACUCUCCUCCGACUCUCCGCCGCUCGCCGCGCCGCUCUGGAAGACCAGCUCCGCCUCUACGUGUACGAGAGGGAAGCCAAAGAACUACAAACAUGGCUGACCUCCAAGAAGACCGUGGCAGAGUCCAAGGACUGCGGACAAGAUCUGGAGGACGUAGAGGUCCUCCAGAAGAAGCUGGAGGUUCUGGUGUCGGAGAUGUCCGGUCUGGGUCGGAGCCGGCUGACCACAGUGCAGCAGCUGGGCAGAGGGCUGCAGCAGGACGGCCAGGCCCGGAGGAGGGACGACGCCCUCAGCGGGCUGUGGGACGACCUCAACCUCAGCAUCAGGACCAGAGAACAGAACCUGCAGUCGGCGAGAGAGGUCCAUCAGUUUCACCACGAUGUGGACGAGCUGAAGGGCUGGAUGGCUGAGAAGGAGGCGGUGCUGGACUCGGAGGAUCAGGACCACGACCUGCACUCCGUCCAGACUCUGCUGAGGCAACACGAGGCGCUGGAGAGGGACCUGGUUCUGAUCUCGGAGGAGGUGACCAGGAGCCGAGAGGAGGGCCGGGCUCUGAGCCGACGCCAGCCUCAGGCCAGAGCCGCCGUGACUCAGAGGCUGGAGGAGCUGGAGGCCUGCUGGACCAGCAUCCAGGACAAGGCCUCCCAGCGCCGAGCCAGACUGGGCCAGGCCGAAGACGUGCAGAGAUACCUGUCCCACUGGACCGAGCUCAUGGCCUGGCUGAGGGAGAUGCUGUCUCUGGUUCGGGGGGAGGCGCUGAGCGUGGAGGGAACCGACCUGGAGCAGCUCCUCAAGAAACACGACGAGUACCGCGUCCAGAUCGACCGACAGCUCGGCAAAUCACAGGCUGCGAAGGAGGAAGGAAGGCGCCUGAUAGAGGGAGGGAACUUCAUGUCCCCGGAGGUGGAGGAGCGUGUCUGCGAGCUGGAGGAGCUGGAGGUGCGUGUGGAGAAGGUCUGGGAGGAAACCCGCCUCCUGUAUGAGGAGGAGCUGGAGAUUAGUCUCCUGCAGAGGGAGCUGGAGCAGGCGGAGCGCUGGCUGAGCUCCUACGAAAACACUCUGAUGGCCGAGGACUACGGGGACUCGGUGUCGGAUGUUCUGGAGCUCCUGAAGAGGCAGGAGGACUUGGAGGCCAUGAUCCAGGCCCAGAGCGAGCGCUUCAUCGCACUACAGAAGAAGAAAACACAGAGGGAGGAGAGACGUGAUGGAGAUGAGAACCUUCAAGACAGAAAACCUCCAGCCAGAGUUACGUCUCUGAGGAGAAAACCGUCGGAUCCAAACACCCCACGGAGGCCCUCCUCCUCCUCCUCCUCCUCCUCCUCCUACUCCUCCAGAGACAUCGUGCGUCGAGUCAGCAGCGGCAGGAGGACGGACAGAACCGUCAGAUCGUCCGCGCUGGACAAGAGAACCAGUCCUUCUGUUAGUCCCCCGCCAAGCCCGUCCCUCCAGCCCGACUCCAGGAGACGCUUCAGGGCCAGCAGGAAGAGAUGGGAGGCGGAAGAAGACGCCAGCAGUCCUCCCACUGGUCCCAGCUCCGGCCCGACUGUACCGCCCUGGAGAAGUCCAACCAGCCUCUCAGACUCGACGCCUGACUCCUCCUCUCCAAAACACCCUCCGUCUCCGGCGCCGUCCUCCCCUCAAACCUCAGUCUCUUCUUCUUCGUCUCCUGAGAAAGACCAUCGUUUCAGAUCCAAACCUCCUCUGGCUCCAAAGCCCAGAAUCCCCUCUACAGAGCAGACGCUGGGACGCCGCUCUGAUCCCCCGAACCAACCGGAGAAGCCCGCCACACCACCUGACUCACCUCCACUGAUCAGAGAGCUUGUUGCUCCCACUGAGCCGCCGUCACCACCGUCACCACCGUCACCACCGUCACCACCGUCACCACCGUCACCACCGUCACCGCCUCCAGCGGUCCCAGAAAGAUGUUCUCCCCCUGAAUCACCUUCAGCGAGGAGAGAGCUCCACAACGAGCCCGAUCCUGCUGAUCCUCCACCUACUGCUGAACAGGUCACACCACCCGACUCCCCGACGGCUGCACCAAUCACAGAGGAGGAUGCUGACGGUGCUCUGUCUCCUCCACAGCGACGGGGGAAGUUAGACGGUCUACCGGAGGAAGAAGCCGGUCUACCAGAGGAAGAGGCCGGCCUCCCCGGAUCCACAGCGGAGGUAAAAACUGCAGAGCAGCCAGUGAGGAUGGAGGGGACGCUGGAGAUCAAACUGAAACAAGGAGGAAACAAGGGUCUGGAGCACUGGGAGGAGGUGUUUGCUGUUCUGGAAGGAGAGACGCUCAGCCUGUUUACAGACAGAGCGGCUGCUGCAGAGAGGACCUCGAGGUGGCCUCCUAUCAACAUGGACGGAGUCGUCUGCAGAGAGAACGUUUACCACCGGAGGAAGGAGAACACCUUCAAACUGAUACUGGAGGACAGCAGUCAGUACCUGUUUGCCGCGUCCAGCAGAGAACUUCAACUGCUUUGGCUGAAAAAGCUCCAAAAGUGUUCUGAAUCUUCCAGCAGCGACUCUGACGACUCUGGGAGAGCGUCAUCGGUCAACCUGAGUUUGGAGAAGCUGGCCGAGGCUCCGGAUGAUUCGGCGUCGACCAAACCGCCGGACGGGAGAGCCGAGAGCCUGGAGAGACAAUCGUCCACGGAGGGGCAACCUCCUCCCAAACCCCCCCACACGUACUACAACAGACACCGCUACCCCGAGGACGAGGAGGUCAGGACCUCAGCUACAGAGAGCCGUCAGAACCAGCCGCCGUCGCUGCCUCCUCAGGACCCCCCCACCGCGACCCCGCCGCUAACAGACGACAGCACCAGCAAGACGAGGCGGAGCGUCUUCAGGAAGUUUUUCACCAAGAAGUAAAGCUUCAUCAGCAGUCCGUUAAAAGAGGAGUCAUGAGGUUUACAGUUUACAGACGUGACAUCAGAGGAGGCGUCAGAUAAGCCUUAAAAGAUGCCAAGUACAAAUAAUAUCACCUAUAAAGUGCUUUUAUUGAAGUGCCUCACAGGAUAACGUCUUCAUUUAUAAUGAGAAACUUAAUUUGGGGCAAAAAUUAAAACUAAUAAACAAGAAAUUCAAACCCAAUAAAGGAGAAUAGAACAGGUAAUCUGUAGUCGUUUUCUAACGGUGAUCAAUAACUAGACAGCUUUGUGUGACAAGUUCAUUUAGACGUCUAUCUGACAUCUAUUAGUUUGGUCUUUGUGAAAGCAGCUCCAGGUUUCUGUCUCCAGACGGAUGUUACGUCUGACGGUUAAUCUCCUCCGACGACGGUGAUGAACCUAAAACAGCCUGAAGAGACAGAAUCAAAGUAAUCUGAGACGUUUUCUGAGCCGGAGAAUCGAUGGAACGUUUUCUAAAAGACGAACUUCGCUUCAACGAUUCAGAACUCUGUUUAUUUAUUAAUGAGCAACGAAUCCAAAACAUCUUCAGACUCAUCGUCUGCUCCAUUCAAUCAGAUCAAUAAGUCGAUCAUUAAAGAUAACGAGUCGCAUUCAGACGUCAGAGAGUUCAAACACUUCAACUCCGUUCAGGGAAUUAAAGCCGAUUGAAGUGAUUGAGAGUCUCAUUCAGUCGUCGUUGAUUAGAUUCAGGCCUUUAGAUUAAAACUCUUCAUGUUCCUGUAUUGAGUAAUGAUCAUUGUAUUGAUCUAUUGAGUAAUGAUCAUUGUAUUGAUUACUGUAAGGUUACUGUACAAACAUCAUCUGAUUGAACUGCACUGAAUGUUUUAAUAAAAUAUUUCCACAUUUCA